UCGUCUUCGCCGCAGACUCAUCGACAAUGGUGGCCGCCAAGAAGACCAAGAAGACUCAUGAGAGCAUCAACAACAGGCUCGCUCUUGUCAUGAAGAGCGGCAAGUACACGCUCGGAUACAAGACCGUGCUCAAAACCCUACGCAACUCCAAAGGUAAGUUGAUCUUGAUCUCGAACAAUUGCCCGCCUUUGAGGAAAUCGGAGAUUGAAUACUAUGCGAUGCUCGCGAAGAUCGGAGUUCACCAUUACAACGGAAACAAUGUCGACUUGGGAACUGCUUGUGGGAAGUACUUCCGUGUUUCAUGCCUCAGCAUUGUUGAUCCUGGUGACUCGGACAUCAUCAAAUCAUUGCCCGGUGAUCACUAGUUUUAAUUAUUUACAUGUCAUC